UUCUUUAUCUGCACUCAAAAUGUCUUCCUUCGCGAGCGGCUUUGCGAAUUUCUACCUCGAGGGAAUCGAUUCGCUUCCCCUAGAGCAUCAAUACCGUCUCUUGCGCGACCUCCCGGGCGGCCGCUUCCUUUCUCCCGAAGUCAAACUGCGAAUGUAUCGAGACGGAGUACCAGCUUCCAGUGCGCUUUUGGCAAGGCGACUGGGCAUGGAGCCUGUCGGCGUCAAUUCGCUGCCCCGUCAUCUCUGGAACGAACAGUGCCUCAUCGAUUUCGACCACUGGGCGGGCGUCAAUGAGCAGCUCUCGAAGCGAGGUGGGUGGAUCGGUGGUCGAUAUGUGCUGUGCCUCACUCACUGCGGCACAGGUGUGAAGCUGCCAUGCGAGUAUGUCUCCGGCACCAAUGUCUCCGACACCGCCUCAACGUUGGGAUCUAUCCGUAGCCGCCGUGCCGUCACAAAUGCCGGUGUUGGUGGAACUGGAGCUGGUGAUGAGGCCGCUUUCAGAGUGGAAAGGCGGUCAGAGAGGGCCUACGAGCGGGCGGGGGAAGGGGACCGUAAGCUUGGAGAGGAGGAGAGCGUCCUAAGCGAGACAUGGAUGGCUGUUACGACACGUGGAAUGAUGCGACUGCUGGCAGGAUAUGGGAUGGUGUUCGCUUCAUGGGCAUGAAUUGAUGAGUAACCGACGCCUAUAAAUAUGAAAGACUCCGUCUGGACAUGUUGGAU